UGGUUAUGCUGGACAGUGCUGCUAUUGGAGUUUUUCUAUCCUGUCCUGUCAUCUAUAAGCAUUACAAAUUGAAUUAUGAUGAAUGAUUGUCAAGAAAAUACCUUCAAAUAUACAUUUAAAGAUCUUAAGCUUUAAAACCAUGAUCUUCUACAGAUAUUUCAACCUUUUGUUUGAAUGCUAGAAUUGGUAGUGGAAAUGCUAGAAAUUUUUCUAACCAACAGUUGUUAUACAUCAUUAGAGCAGUUGGGACUUGAACGGAGAUCUCCUGGCACAGAGAGAGGGGUACUAUCACGCUGCCACAAGAGCCCUAUAGUGGAAAUGUUGUUCCACAGAAAAAUCUUAACAAUUGACAUUUGUGUUCACCUAAAGUUAUUGCACUGAGACUUUCAGAUAUUAGAGAGGAUGCAUCGUAGGACAAUUAACUUGAUAGAUUGUAAAUGGUUCUAGUCGAGAAAUUUGGUGUCCUUGUAAAGGUAUUUGGGAUAGGGAAGAUAGAUGUUUAACAACAAAAGUUUCUGGAAAAACUCAGGGCUGGCGGCAUCCAUGAAGAGAAAUCAAAGUUAACAUUUAGGAUCCAGUGAGCUUUCCUCAGAACUGGUUCUGACAAACUGACUCUGGACUUGAUAAGUUAGUUUUGGUUUCUCCUCUUAGAUGCUGGCAGACCAGCUGAACUUUUCCAGCAAUUUCUGCUUUUGUUUGUGAUUUACAGCCUCUGCAGUUCUUGUAGUUCUUAUUAAAAUAAAUGUUGACGUUGUCAUGAAGCCUACCACUAGUUGCACAGCCUCCCUCCUAGAAGAGGGAGGGAAUAAAUGGUGUGAAUGUGUUUGGAAAAGGAAACAUUGCUAAAUGAAAUAGUAGAGGCUAAUUAUAUCAGAAUAUUCAAGUUGGUGCAUAUUUGAAUGAUGGAUACAAGAAAUGGAUAGUCGUCUAGCACAGGCAAAACAGACCAUUUGGUCCAACAUGCCCAUGCUGACCAGGUAUCUCAAUCUGACCUCAUGCAAUCUACCAGCAUUUGGCCCACAUCCCUCUCAACCUUUCCCAAUCAUAUACCUAUCCAGAUGCCUUUUAAAUGUUGUAAUUGUACCAGCCUCCACCACUUUCCAUACAAGCACCACCCUUUGUGGAAAAGCUACCCUUCAGGUUCUUUGUUUUCCCCCAAAUCUUUGUUCUCACCAUAAAUCUAUGCUCUCUUUAUAUUUGGACUCCCCCAGCCUAGGAAAAAGACCUUAGCUAUUCACCCUAUCCAUGUCCAUUAUGAUUUUAUAAAUCUCCAAAAUGUCACCAUCAAGCAUCUGGCGCUCUAGGGGCCAAAAUCCCCAGUCUAUUCAACCUCUAACUAAAACUUGGGAAGUGUGAAACGAAUGAGAUCAGCCAUUCCUGUGUUUUGUGGUCUAGUUGCUAUAUCCUUGAACUUGCAUGUAUAGCUGGUUACAAUAAUAAUGAGACAAUAUGAGGAGGGUGUUUGUGGUCUCCAGGUAAGAUACAACCACUGAGCCAGGAAGUCCAGGUUCAAGUCCCAGUUGUUGCAAGAAGGGUGUAAAAAGUCUCUGUACAAGUUGACAAUGUGGGCAAUUGCUGUUUGAAUUCCAGCCCUGUUGUCAGUUUCACUACAGUUUUCAUUUUUUUUAUUCUUUCCUGCAUCUGAUGCUUGCAAGUUUUGGAAGAGGAGCUAACUCUGCAGCGCCAAGCUGCCUUUUGUUAGGCUGCAUGGAGCUACAAGAUCAAGACAUGUGCAAUAUUAUUGAGAAGAGACCAGGCCACAGUCGCAAUCGGGUGUUCCGCGAAGUGGAAAUGCUCUAUCAAUGUCAGGGACACAGGAACAUUCUUGAACUGAUCGAAUUUUUUGAAGAUGAGGACAAGUUCUAUUUGGUUUUUGAAAAGAUGAAAGGAGGCUCUGUAUUAACACACAUCCACCGACGAAAGCACUUCAAUGAACGAGAGGCCAGUGUUGUUGUCCGUGAGAUAGCGAGUGCGCUGGACUUUCUGCAUAACAAAGGCAUGGCCCAUAGAGAUUUGAAACCAGAAAACAUCUUGUGUGAGAACCCUGAACAGCUUUCCCCAGUCAAGAUCUGUGACUUCGACUUGGGAAGUGGAAUCAAAUUGAAUGGUGAUUGCUCCCCCAUUUCAACCCCUGAACUUCUGACACCGUGUGGGUCUGCAGAGUACAUGGCACCAGAGGUUGUGGAGGCGUUUAAUGAAGAGGCUACGAUCUAUGAUAAGCGUUGUGACCUCUGGAGCUUGGGUGUUAUAUUAUACAUCAUGCUCAGUGGAUAUCCGCCCUUUGUAGGAAACUGUGGUACUGACUGUGGUUGGGACCGAGGGGAGGCCUGUCUUUCCUGUCAGAAUAACCUAUUUCAGAGUAUUCAAGAAGGAAAGUAUGAAUUCCCUGAUAAGGACUGGGCACACAUCUCCUUUGGUGCAAAGGAUCUCAUUACUAAACUCUUAGUCAGAGAUGCUAAGAAGAGGCUCAGUGCAGCACAAGUACUGGAACACCCAUGGGUGCAAGGGCAUGCACCAGAGCAUACGCUUCCAACACCACGCCUUCUCCAGAGGAACAGCAGUGCCAAAGAUCUCACAUUCUUUGCAGCUGAAGCAAUCGCAGUAAACAGGCAGCUGACUCAGCAUGAAGAAAAUCAGGAUGAAGAGAAUCCGCCAAUCCUCAUUAAAGCUACCUCAUGUUCCAUGCGACUGUCUCCACCCUCAGAAUCUAAAUUGGCCAAACGGAGGCAGAAGACGAGUGCAAUCAAAGCAGCCAAUCAGCAGUUGUUGCCAUCCUUGGUUCUGGUUGACAAUUGUGUGUGACAUCAUUUCUUCCCUCGAGCACAUAGCGACUAAACCCAGAACCUUCUGGUUGGCUGGCUCUAAGUCUGGCGUUGUUACAGUACUGCUCCACGUAAGAAAGAACUGUUUACAGCAUUUGAAACCUGCAUGGGAUAAGUAUGCGAAUCCCCACGAUGAUACUAAGAGUCAGAAAACUGAGAAAAGGGCAAAGAUUUAAAUAACGACUUUGUGUCUUCACCAAAGGAACGUUUUUAAGAGCAGGUUUUACAUUUUGUUUUGUACUGUGAUCACCUUCAUGACAACUAUAGUUUAGAUUUUGCUGCUUUUUACAUUGGUAUCCAUUUGGGCUUCUGGUUCUGGAGCGCAGUAUCUAUACAGUGAUCAACGACCAGUUUAUUUUUCCAAUAAGGUCUUCCUGGACACUGGCCUUUAGUGUAUUUGGCAGGCAUACCUGGGGAUUGUCAUUGGCUGCAAAAGACCUGCACUUCAGAAGCAAGCACCAAAACAUCAUCUAAAAGGCAGCAAUUUAUUUUGCAUUUUUCAGAUAUGUGCAGGCUUGCUCCUAAUCUCCAGUGUAAAAAAAAAAUCAGGGCUACAUUUUGCAUACCAGAUUUUUGAGAAGACUGAGAAAGAUUUUGUAUAUUCAGUUUUUUUUUAAAUCUCUAGUUGUACACCUAUUUUCUCUGGUAUCAAUGUGACUUUUUAAAAUCUCACCCACUGACCAGCAUGUCCUAGAAAAAAGUUUCCUUUAAUUUCUGCCAAGUUCAUAAAUGUAAGUAUAUUCUGCAUUUAUUUUGAGUCUUUGGGAAUCUGUAGCAGGACUUUAGUUCAGGAAAUAUGACAGUGAUUGGUGAUGGAGAAGAACAAGAAUUUGACUGAGAAAAAGGCAUUCCAGAUACAAAAAUGCGAGUAGUCUUUAUCUAAGAUUGCGUGAAAUCUUCCAAAUCUUUUCUUUGAGAAAAGAAAAGUGUUUACAUCUCUGUUUCUAAAAUUGUCUGUGGAUGGAGUCGGAAAGUGCCACAUUUUGAUUUUGAAGUUUUGAAAAGUGGGUGCUAUCUGUGUCUGUGAUUUAUAGGCAGGUUGGGCCUAUCCUUUUUGUUUUAAUGUGGUGGUUAUAUUCAAAGCCAUUGAAUGUAUAUGUUGAGCUUUUCACUGUAUUGCAGAAAUAGAGCGCACAAAACUGAGUUGGACAUUUGAAAUCCAUUUUUAAAAUGUACCAUGAAAUGCAAGCGUACACUGCAUUUCCAAUGUGAGGAAGGUGUGGCAACAACACCUUUUUUUAAUGCUCUACUGCUUUGUAUCAGUUAGGUUGAGCAAUCACAAACUAUUGCAGGAAUAUCCAUGCUUGACAUUAAAGAAAUGCUGCCCUUUUGUGGGCAGUAUUAAAUUGAACUUGCAUAAAUGACUCCUGAAUUAGGAACAGGGCUACUAGUACUGCCACAGGAAUAUUUAGCAAUCCACUGCCACCUUUUUAUUAUUGUAAAAAUAUUCUACUAAUGGAAGGUAUGGGAAGGAAUUAUGUCUCCUAGAGAAAUUGAAUUCAAGCUUGUUAUUUAUUGUCUAUCCAUAGGUAGCUAUUUUUGACCAUCUGAGCAAAUUUAUAGUUUACCUUUUCUGAAAGACCGCUGCCCCUGCUCAGUAAAAUGUGAGCCCUUGGUGAGGACAGGAAUAGGUUUGGUUCUAAUAUUUUUCUGAUGCCAACAUUUAUGGUCACUGUUCACCUGUGAAUAAGGUGCACCUACAUGAGGUUCAGAAGGCAACUUGGACAGUGGAAUGUAAUCCAGUUGGGAUACCAAUACCUGUAAUGGGACAGAAGAAGAUGGGAUAAAACCUAAAUUGUUCCCUUUUCAUCUAAAAUGUUUUAAUCUAACUGUACUUAGCACCAUGGAAACAAAAUGGUUGAAUGGCCACUUGGCUGUUGAGAUCUGAUUUUUGCAUUGUUAUAGAGAUCACCUUUUGGCUGUGAAUUCUACUGAUCAUCAAAGUUUUUGUUUGUAAGUUUGCUUUUCUCAGUUUAGAAGAAGUAUGUACAAAAAAUAUUGCAUGAGGCAACUCUCAAAGUGAAUGUUUUUUUAAAAAAAAACUGCUUCCCAGGAAGGGUUGGGAAUUUGCAUGGCAGUGUUGGCAGCAAAUAACUUCAGAUGGGGGAUCAGUUCAGGUAUGAAAAUGUUUAAGAUUAAUCUCAAAAACCUUCCAACUAAUGAUCUUGCUGAAGGGAUUUUUGUCAGGUGAAUUAGUAGGUAUAAUUUAUGUGGGGGUUAAAACUGAAUUGGGAUUUCUAAAAAAUGGCUCUCCCACUUUAAUGCAAGUUCCCUGCUGGUUCCGUUGCUCAAUCUAACUCUAAUUUGAAACAGUAUUAUCAGCAAUUGUAUGGUACUUUAAGAUGAAGCUGGUAGUACAAGAAACCAAUUUAAAUUAUCAAGUACAUUGCUAUUACGUUGCUGAAUAAGACAUGUUCUUGUUGUCUUAUACUAAGACUACUUGAAUUUUGUAUGAUUGCAUCAUCUCAUUCAAAUGCUACCUUGUGCUGGAUGGUAGCGCAGCUUGGUUUAGUUAAGCAUAGGCCAUUAUCGAGCACUGUUGGUAUAUUAGCUAGCUCCUAAGGGGCAUGAAGCGAAAGCACUUUACACACCAGGUGACUGAUGAGGCUCACUCUAAAUCUUCUUACUGUUGUUGCCAGGAUUUUGUAUUGUUUUAUAAAAAUUUUAAUAAAUGCUUUGAACUUAA